UUGCAUGGAACACAGUCACAACCCGAACCACGGAGAUUGGCGUCAACGAUGAUCUCUUCUCGAUACUCACCAAUGGCUUCUAUAUCCUUGACUUACCUCUAUAGUGUCAUCAUCCAUUGACCAUGGGCCUUACCCUGGUUUUUUGGCUACUUCCUGCUGCAUCCGUGAUAGCCUCUGCAACGCUGAAUGUUGACCUCGCACCGAUCACCAACUCGAGUAUCUUGCGUGUUCCCUGUGUUGACUUCACAAGCUUAAAUUUCCCUUGGAUGACGGUCUUCCCAGAUGAUGAUUCAUAUACAAUAUAUAUAGGUCCCUUGGAUGCCGUUAAAAAGGUCGUCCCUGCCACCACAGCCGAGGGUAAAAUCCUACCAAUCCAAGCUCCAUCGACCAACUCUUCAUGGACCCUAAAUUUCCAUGACCCGGCUCUGAGCUGCGAGGUAGUUGACGAGGGGCUUCAGAAUGAUAUCAUGUAGAACAUUAGGGAUGCAGUCAAUCAACUUAUCAGCCAUACCAUAGCAAAGACCUUAUAUGGAUACAAUUCCUGGGCC